AAACUCGGAAUGAUUCGAUCCACCACAAAAUGGGACCGCAAAUCCCGAUGAUUAUGUCUGGGGACGCCCAUGCCAUUGUCGCGACUCGUGGCCUCUUUGUCGGAUCCGGUCUUUCAUGUUAUUGAAAAAGAACAGUGUUCCGAUCCGAAAUUCGUUUACUUUUUCGCGUUCAGAUUGCGUUGUCGGCGAUGAGAGAGAAGAAAUGGCUCUGAAUUUUUGUUCAUGAUUAUCCAUUUAUUUUGUGGAAAAAAAGUUUUCCUUUUUCUCCUCGGCGUGUUUCCAAUUCCUUUUUUUGGGUAAAUACUAAAUACCCAUUGAAAUUUCUGAAAUUUUCUGGGUUUGAUUCAUUGGGUUUGCCAAAGGGAAGAUAUUUUAGGGGCUGUGGAUAGAUAGAGAGAGGCAUCGGUGCUGCUGCGGCGGAGAGCGAUGGCGCCGGCUUUGAAUCUUCCCGGCGGCGAUGCAGAAAACGACGAACUCCGGCGGCUCCUGGUGGCUAAUAUGGACGAUGCGGCGGCGCGGCGGCGCACACGCGAGGCCUUCAAGGAUAUCCAACUCAGCCUCGACCACAUCCUCUUCAAGACACCUUCUGAUGGAAUCAAGACAAAGGAGUCUUAUGAGGUGAACUCUCGUGGAGUUGAGAUCUUCUCGAAGAGCUGGCUUCCGGAAGAUUCUUGUCCGAAAGCCGUUGUGUGUUUCUGCCAUGGCUAUGGAGAUACUUGCACCUUCUUCUUUGAAGGGAUUGCAAGGAAAUUGGCCUUAUCGGGAUAUGGAGUGUUUGCAAUGGAUUAUCCGGGGUUCGGCCUUUCAGAAGGUUUGCAUGGAUACAUCUCCAGCUUCGAUCUGCUCGUUGAAGAUGUCAUCGAGCAUUACUCCAACGUAAAAGGGAGCCCCGAGUUCAGUUCUCUCCCAAGCUUUCUGUUUGGGCAGUCAAUGGGUGGAGCCGUCGCUCUCAAAAUACAUUUCAAACAACCAAACUCGUGGACUGGCUCGGUUUUAGUGGCACCUAUGUGCAAAAUUGCAGAUGAUAUGGUUCCACCGAGGCUGCUAAAGCAGAUCUUGAUCGGUCUGGCCAAUGUUUUGCCCAAGCGGAAGUUGGUUCCGCAAAAGGACUUGGCAGACGCAGCGUUUAGGGACAUCGGAAAGAGGAAACUGGCGCCAUACAAUGUCAUUUGUUACAAAGAUAAGCCCCGCCUAAGGACAGCAGUGGAGUUGCUCCAUACGACUCAAGAGAUUGAACAGAAGUUGGAAAAGGUGUCUCUGCCGAUACUGAUCCUUCAUGGAGAGGCGGAUGUGGUGACGGACCCGUCGGUGAGCAAAGCACUGUACGAGAAAGCAAGCAGCUCGGACAAGAAGAUCAUCCUUUACAAGGAUGCUUUCCAUUCCCUGCUGGAAGGCGAGCCCGAUGACGUCAUCAUCCGUGUUCUGUCUGAUAUUAUCUCGUGGCUCGAUCAACACUCCUCCCCGUCUCCAGCCACCAUCUCAUGAUUAUACUAUUUUUCUCCGUCUUCAUUUCACUAACAUUACAUUACAUUUUUGUGGUGGAAUUCAUUUGUUGUUAUAAUAAGAGAUGGUGGUUUUUUAUU